CCUCUCGACCAUCCUCCAAUUGUUGCCACUCAAAUUGAAGCGCCCCCCCUCUCUGUAAAUUUAUAUACAUACAAAAAGGUUCGCUUGAGGUUUGCUAUGGCUCCGGAAAUGGUUGGCAAAUCCCCUGCCUUUGGCAAGACCGUGACGGCGUCGCCGAGCAGAGCGUAUGUCACGUUCUUGGCUGGGAACGGAGACUACGUGAAAGGGGUCGUUGGGCUGGCGAAGGGACUUAGGAAGGUGAAGACGUCCUACCCCCUUGUUGUGGCGGUUCUGCCGGACGUCCCGGAGGAGCACCGCCGCAUGCUGGAGGCCCAGGGCUGCAUCGUCAGGGAGAUCGAGCCUGUGUACCCGCCAGAGAACCAGACCCAGUUCGCUAUGGCCUACUACGUCAUCAACUACUCUAAGCUUCGUAUCUGGGAGUUUGUAGAGUACAGCAAGAUGAUAUACCUGGACGGGGAUAUCCAAGUUUUUGAUAACAUUGACCACCUCUUCGACUUGCCGGACGGUUAUUUCUACGCCGUGAUGGACUGCUUCUGCGAGAAAACGUGGAGCCACACUCCGCAGUACAAGAUCGGAUACUGCCAACAGCGGCCGGAGAAGGUGAAGUGGCCGGCGGAGAUGGGUCAGUCCCCAUCUCUCUACUUCAACGCCGGCAUGUUCGUGUUCGAACCCAGCCUCUCCGCCUAUCACAAUCUCUUGGCCACGCUCAAGGCCACGCCGCCUACUCCUUUUGCAGAGCAAGACUUUUUGAACAUGUAUUUCAGGGAUAUCUACAAGCCCAUUCCUCUGAUCUACAACCUGGUUCUGGCAAUGCUGUGGCGGCAUCCGGAGAAUGUAGAGCUUGAUCAAGUGAAAGUUGUGCACUACUGCGCUGCGGGAUCGAAGCCAUGGAGGUAUACAGGGAAGGAAGAGAACAUGCAGAGGGAGGACAUCAAGAUGCUGGUGAAGAAAUGGUGGGACAUCUACAACGACGACUCCUUGGAUUACAAGAAACCUGCUGCAGCUGCUCGUGCGGUGGCCGACGGAGGCGGCCAUGCGACGGUGGAGCCUGUGAAGUUGCAGCCGCUGAUAGCCGCAGCAAUGUCGGAGGCUGGCGCAGCCGUCCAAUAUGUGACCGCCCCUUCAGCGGCUUGACAUUUACUACUACUAACUACUGUUUAGUUUGUCACUUGUACGAGGGAUCAUUCAUGAUCAUGGACGUGUCUGUGUCAAAUCUAUGGUGUCUCGUACGUCUAAAGUACUGCUGGCACUUGUGGGCAUCAAUUAGCCAAUACAUGAGCGAUUCAAUCGUUAUUUAUACUGAA